AUGUUUAAACGUUUCAUUUUUAAUCGUCUCAACUUGCCUGAACGUGCAGAGAGGUAUAGACCACGUGGUACUGCACAGCUCACCUCUAUUGAGCGUCAAUUCCCAUACUUGCUUCACACAACCCCAAAGAAGACCAUGAACGAGAAGCAGCGUAAAAAGCUUCAAAAAAAGAUUGAGCGGAUUGCUUAUUGGUUAGAUAAUGCAGUACCAGGAUCACCCAUUCCUCUUGGUAUCGAUUCGAUUUUGGGUUUCAUCCCAUUUAUUGGAGGCUUCAUGGGCUCAUUAUUAUCAUUGUACCAGGUGUAUUUAUCAACGCUUUUUGGAAUCCCAUUAUGGCUAUUGAUGCGCAUGACAAUCAGCUUGUUUAUCGACUUCAUUAUUGGUCUUGUCCCUGUGGUUGGUGCAUUCUUGGAUAUGUUUUACAAGGCCAAUCUUUGGAAUUAUGAGGCGUUGGAGGAUUAUCUUGUGCAUGAAAGUCAAGUUCCACAUGACAAUGUACCACCACCACCAUCAUCAUCGUCAUCCAGCGGUAGCAAAGAUACAAAAAUGAAUCCAAGGUAUCAAGACUUAGCAUCGAGUGAGAUCACCUGGACACAAUUGGGCAAGGAUAUCACUCAAUUGGGUCACACUGCAAUGGAUUAUAUCCCAUGGUCCACCAAACAACAUCCUGAAUAG